AUGGACGAGGAAGCGAAGAGGAUAUACAAGGAGGGGUAUAGGUGGGCUAAGAAGGAGGCGAAGUUAACGGUUACUGCGGCUAAGACUGCGACGUAUGGGUGUUUGUAUGAAGAGCUUGAGGCCAAAGGCGGGGACAAGAAGAUAUACGGGCUAGCCAAGAGGGUGAUAGGGACAUUGUGUUGGGCGACUUGCAGAACUCCGAGAUGCGCCGAGAUUUCGGGUAUUGCAAGCAUAAGAGUCGAGGAGGUCAAGGGGGCUAUGCGUAAGAUGCACAUGGGUAGUGCUACCGGGCCAGAUGAAAUACCUGUUAAAUUUUGGAAGAAUAUGGGUAAGGCAGGUUUGGAAUGGCUCACUAGGUUGUUCAACGUCAUUUUUAGGACGAAGAAGAUGCCCGAUGAAUGUAGGUGGAGUACGAUAAUUCCUCUGUAUAAAAACAAGGGCGAUAUCCAAAGUUACAAUAAGUAUAGGGAGAUUAAGCUACUAAGCCAUAUUAUGAAAGUUUGGGAGAUGGUGGUUGAAGUGAGGGUGAAGACCAGUGUGUCCAUUUCUGAGAACCAGUUCGAUUUCAUGCCAGGGAGUUUGACUAUGGAAGCCAUUCACAUUGUGAGGAGAUUGGUGGAGUGA